AUGAAGUUGACAUACUGCAUGCCGUUUGCACUGCUCACGUUGGCGCACGCUGGCUUGCUGCUUAAACGUGAUAGCUGCCAGCGGCAAUGCAACCUCUCUCAAUGCCCGAGCGCGCCCCAAGCCUGCUACUACGGCCGCGCAAAGGACUCGUGCGGCUGCUGUGUGGUGUGCGGCGCAAGCGAGGGUGAAAAGUGCGGUGGUGCGGGCGGCGCUGUGUGCGGAGACGGGAUGCGAUGUGAGCGCAGAGGAGUUGAGGAGAAAGCGCGCUUUGUGUGCGUCUGCCAGUCCAACGGCGUGGUGUGCGGGAGCGACGGCCGCACGUACCCCAGCGUGUGCAGGCUGCGCGCCGAGAACGCCAGGGCAAAGACGGAGAACGCGGCGCCGGUGACGGUGCUGCAGCGAGGGGAGUGUCACGCAUCAGGUGAGGGAAAAACUUAG